AUGUCUACAGAGGGGCAAAGAGUGGAUGACAGUCCAAGCACUAGUGGUGGCAGCUCUGAUGGAGAUCAGCGUGAAGGUGUUCAGCAGGAACAAGAACGGGAGCAAGUUCAACCCAAGAAAAAAGAGGGCAAAAUAUCAAGCAAAACAGCUGCUAAACUGUCAACUAGUGCUAAAAGAAUUCAGAAAGAACUUGCAGAAAUUACAUUAGACCCUCCUCCAAACUGUAGUGCUGGACCCAAAGGAGACAACAUUUAUGAAUGGAGGUCAACUAUACUGGGGCCUCCAGGGUCUGUAUAUGAAGGUGGAGUUUUCUUCCUUGACAUUACCUUUUCACCGGACUAUCCUUUUAAACCACCUAAGGUAACGUUUCGGACAAGAAUCUACCACUGUAACAUUAACAGCCAAGGCGUCAUCUGCCUGGACAUUUUAAAAGACAACUGGAGCCCAGCAUUAACCAUUUCUAAAGUUCUCCUCUCCAUCUGCUCCCUCCUCACAGACUGCAACCCAGCUGACCCCCUGGUUGGAAGUAUUGCUACUCAGUAUAUGACUAACAGAGCAGAGCACGACAGAAUGGCCAGACAGUGGACCAAGCGAUAUGCCACAUAGGAACCUACUCUAGGAUUUGCUGGACCUGUGCAAGCACAUUCACUAAGUGCAUCAAUAGCCCUUCCCUUCAUUCUUAUUUUUUAUUAAAUUUUGAACCAUUUUGUGACAAAAGGUUGUCCUUACUUUCUUUUUGGUUUUAUUUUUAUUUUUAUUUGUUUUGGGUUUGUUUGGGGUUUUUUUGUGUUCUGUUAACUUGAACGUUGUUUCCCUCAAAUGUAGACAGGGAAUUUUGAUUAUCAGUGCAAAGAAUGUUGGAUCUGUAAUAGUAUAGAGCUUUGUCACAAAGCUUUGUAUUAAUGUGCGGGGUUUUCUUCUUUCAUGUGGUUUUGGGGAAAACAAACAAAUUCAGAAUUAUAUCUUGUUUCUACUUAAAUGUAGUGUUUAGGGUUAUUUUUUUGUACUGAAGUCUUUAAUGGUGGGUGCAUGCUACUGGGAACAAGUUUUGUAUAAAAGCUUAAAAUCAAGAAUCACUGUGCAUUACUAAGACUGUGUUUAUCACUAGCCUUCUGUUUCCCACACAAAAGGCUAUUGCGUUGAACAAAUUAAUAUGUAUUUUGAUUUACUUAAAAAAAAAAAGUGCUUGUAAAUUUCUUAGGGACCUGCCACUUUUGACUGUGGAUCAGUUGAUGUACACUUGUAUUAUUAAAGCACUCAAUAAAACACUGUGGCUGAUAAAUGCA